CGAUUAUACCCCCGCCACGUAAUGACGACGCAAACUACCAUUAGUCCAUUCUACAAUCAACUCUGUUUUCCCAGUAGACACCUUCUUCUUCCAUCUUCAAGGUUUCACAGUUGUACUUGCUAGAUUCAUUAGGUUUUUUCUGGGUCUACCUCAAGCUUGCUGUUUAACGUCUCUGUAUAUUACUACAAAAUGUCUGGGCCAAAUGACGACAAUAUGUCUUCUUAUACUCAGCUUUCUUCUCAUUUUUUCAGUGAUCUCCUAGAUUCCAUUAUUGUUGAUGUUGCAUCUGAGUGUCACCGGAUUGCAAGGCUGGGACUUGACUGUAAUCUGGAAGAAGAGGAAGAAGAGGUGAGGUUGUCAUCACAAGCUCGUGCCAGGGUAGCUGAUUCCAGUAAUAGUGGAGAAACUAAUGCCAAGUAUGUGGUUGACAUAUUUGGACAAACUCACCCUCCAGUGGCCAAUGAAAUAUUUGAGUGCAUGAACUGUGGAAGAUCAAUCAUGGCGGGAAGGUUUGCUCCUCACUUGGAGAAAUGUAUGGGCAAGGGCAGAAGGGCUCGUCUCAAGGUAACAAGAAGUAGCACAGCUGUACAGAACCGGUACUCGCGAGGCAGCCCUGUUUCCACAUAUUCGCCUUACUCAAAUCCCACGAGCACAAACAGGCUACCAAAUGGGACGCCUAGUGGUGUGGGUGAGGAAUACUCGAAUGGGACAUUGGAAAACACAUGAGAAAUAUGUUCGCCAAGCAAAUAUUAGACUGGACUAAUCUCCAUUUGUUCAUGAACCAUUUAGCUUCUUUCCUCAGCAUGUUUAAGCUCAAAAUGAUGACAUGGUUCAAGUUACCCAUCAUGUCAGCUUAAUCUGUUUGAGAAUAUUGUGAAAUCAUGCUCAACUCUUUUGGAAUCAACAGUGAAGCAGAAUGGUUUCCAAAGUUUGCUUCUCAAUGUUCGUUCUUGUUGGUGAAUGAAUUAUUAAGAUUUUUGGAAAA